GAACGGCGGCAUGCCAGAGAUUUGCCGAGCCGGCCGGCCCCUCCGCCGCCCGCCAUGCAGCGGCUCCCGCUGCCGCUGCCGUUGCUGCUGGCCGGGCUGGGGCUAGGGCUGAGGCUGGGAGGCGAGCCGGAGCCGGUCGCCCCCUCGGGAGCGCAGUGCCUGGAGCACGAUUGCUUCGGCAUCUUCUGGGCGACGCGACCCUUCGCGGAGGCGAGCGCGGCUUGCGAGGAGGGCGGCGGGCACCUGAUGACCGUCCGUUCCACCGUGGCGGAGGACGCGAUCGCCCUCCUGCUGCAGAACCGCAGCGGGCAGCUGUGGCUGGGGCUGCGCCUUCCCCAGCCCUGCACCGAGCCCGCGCAGCUCCUUCGAGGUUUCCAGUGGGUGACGGGCGAUCGCAGCACCGACUACUCCAACUGGGCGCCGUCGGGGCGGCGGUGCGGGGAGCACUGCGUGACCGUGUCGCGGGAGCUGAGCUGGGAAGAGCGGCGCUGCGAGGCGCCGGCCGACGGCUUCCUCUGCGAGUACAACUACGCGGGCAGCUGCCCCCGACUGCCUCCCUCCGAGGAGCUGCCCGUCACCUACAUCACCCCUUUCGGAGCCCGCGGCGGGGACUUUCAGGUUCUGCCGCCCGGCAGCGCCGCCGUGGUGCCGGCGAUGGGGCUGGAGCUGCGCUGCGAGGAGGAGGAGGAAAGCGGGGUAUUGCGCUGGGGCCGCGGCACGCCGGGAGCCUGGCCCUGCCGCCUGGCCAACGGGGGUUGCGAGGGAACCUGCGGCGAGGAGGGCGGGCGGCCGCGCUGCUCCUGCCCCGACGGCAAGGUGCUGAGCCCCGACGGGCGCGCUUGCGGCUCGCCCUGCGCCGGCGCUCCCUGCCAGCACCACUGCGUGGUCGCCGACAGCUCCUUCCUCUGCAUGUGCGAGUCGGGCUACCGCCUGGGCGCCGACGGCAGCAGCUGCGAGGACGACGACGACUGCGCCGUGGUGCCCAGGCUGUGCGAGCAGGAAUGCGUCAACACCGAGGGCGGCUUCGAGUGCCGCUGCCACCGCGGCUACGAGAUGGUGGAAGGGCGCUGCCGGCCCGUGUCCCGCUGCUACGAGACGCUCUGCGAGCAGCUUUGCGAGGACGUGCCCGACGGCUACCGCUGCGGCUGCAUGCCUGGCUACGCCGUGCACCCGCUGGACCCCAGCCGCUGCCAGCUGCACUGCAACAGCAGCCAGUGCCCGGCGCUCUGCGACCCCAACGGCCUGUCCUGCGAGUGCCCCGACGGCUUCCUGCUGGAUGAGGAGUCGGGCAGCCAGCCGCUCUGCCACGACAUCGACGAGUGCAGCAUGAACCACUGCGAGCACAACUGCACCAACCAUCCCGGCGGAUACCAGUGCCACUGCCACGCCGGCUACUUGCCCCUGGACAAGAACCACUGUGUGAAAAUCGCCACUCCCUCCCCAGAGGAGGACGGGGAGGAAAUGUACUCGGGAGAUUCCGGGCCCGGGACCCAAACGCCCGUCCCCAGCCGGACGCCACCGAAGGCAGAGCAGCUCCACCCCGGCGCCGUGGUGGGCAUCGCCGUGGGUGCCCUGUCUGCGGCGCUGGCCGUGCUGGCCCUGGGGUACCACCUGGCAAAGAAGCGCUGCAGGCCCCACACCACCAUGGAUUACAAGUGCAGCGGCCCCCAUGAAAAGGAGAUGGGGCUUCAGCCGGUCACCUCGGUGUGUGCUGCCUCCAGCCAGAAACUGUAGGGAGAGCGGGCAGGACGGCGAGGGGGAGGCGGAUGGAACUGGGUAACGUUUAAUCCCUCCCCCACCUCUCUCCAGCCUUUGCAGUUCUUGAACGAUAAAGAGAAUUUGGGACAAGCUGUGAGCAUCCCCACCUCCAGAAACACUCCCUGGUUUCCAGCCGGCGCUCUGGGAGGCUCCGAGGGAAAACCCUUGGUGUUACAGAAGG